GACUCGGAGGCGGCGGCGGCGCUGGCGGCGACGGCGGAGACGGCUGCCCUAGUGGGAGAGGCAGCGGCGGCCGAGGAGGAGGAGGGGGAAGCGGCGGCGAAGGGCUCCAGACCCAGUUCCUGGACCUGCCCUGGAAAAGAAGUAUCCAGUAGAGAUGAGCUCACUGCAGUUACUUAAUUAAAAAAUUUGUAAGCUGCAAAAAUGGCAAUGGGCCAGCCAAGAACAGCUACAGUUUGAAUUUUUCUAUUUCCAGUUGGAUUUCACUGAGCAUAGUAGCUCAUGUCUAUAAUCCCAGCACUUUGGAGGCUGAGGCAGGAGAAUCACCACGAGUUCGAGGUGGGCUACAUGAAAAUGCUUGGACAGAAGAAAUGAGUACUAAUUCCACUAAGGCCUAGAAUUGCCUACUGUACAGAUAGUCCUGAUUAGGCAAUAUACGAAUGGCCCAAGGAAGCCACCAAAUUGAUUUUCAGGUUUUACAUGACCUGCGACAGAAAUUUCCUGAAGUACCUGAAGUUGUUGUAUCCAGGUGCAUGUUACAGAAUAAUAAUAACCUGGAUGCCUGCUGUGCUGUUCUCUCUCAGGAGAGUACAAGGUAUCUUUAUGGUGAAGGAGACUUGAAUUUUUCGGAUGAUUCUGGAAUUUCUGGUCUACGCAAUCACAUGACUUCUCUCAACUUAGACUUACAGUCAGAGAAUGUUUACCACCAUGGAAGAGAAGGAAAUAGAAUGAAUGGAAGUAGGACUCUAAUGCAUAGCAUUAGUGAUGGACAACUUCAAGGUGGUCAGUCCAAUAAUGAACUGUUUCAACAGGAGCCACAAACAGCACCAGCUCAAGUUCCUCAAGGCUUUAAUGUUUUUGGAAUGUCCAGUACAUCUGGUGCUUCAAAUUCAGCACCACAUCUUGGAUUUCACUUAGGCAGCAAAGGAACAUCCAGCCUUUCUCAGCAAACUCCCAGAUUUAAUCCCAUUAUGGUAACCUUAGCCCCAAAUAUCCAGACUGGUCGUAAUACUCCUACAUCUUUGCACAUACAUGGUGUACCUCCACCUGUACUUAACAGUCCACAGGGAAAUUCUAUCUACAUUAGGCCUUACAUUACAACUCCUAGUGGUACAACUCGACAAACACAGCAGCAUUCUGGCUGGGUAUCUCAGUUUAAUCCCAUGAACCCUCAACAAGUUUAUCAGCCUUCUCAGCCUGGUCCCUGGACUACUUAUCCUGCAUCUAAUCCUCUGACACAUACCUCAGCCCAACAGCCAAGUCAACAAGGCCAUCAGACCUCUCAUGUCUACAUGCCCAUCAGUUCACCUACUACUCCACAACCGCCAACAAUUCAUUCAUCUGGUAGCUCACAGUCUUCUGCUCAUAGCCAAUAUAACAUUCAGAAUAUUUCAACAGGACCUCGAAAAAACCAGAUUGAAAUCAAACUUGAACCCCCACAAAGAAACAGUUCUUCAAAAUUGCGUUCUUCUGGACCUCGAACCUCCAACACUUCCUCUUCAGUCAACAGCCAGACCCUAAAUAGAAAUCAGCCCACUGUUUACAUAGCUGCCAGUCCCCCAAGUACUGAUGAGAUGAUCUCCCGUAGUCAACCUAAGGUUUAUAUUUCAGCUAAUGCCACCACAGGAGAUGAAUCAGGCAUGCGGAAUCAGCCCACAGUCUUCAUAUCCACAAACUCUGGGGCAUCUGCUGCUUCCAGGAAUAUGUCUGGGCAAGUGAGCAUGGGUCCUACCUUUAUUCAUCACCACCCUCCCAAAAGUCGAGCAAUAGGGAAUAAUGCUGCAACUUCUCCUCGAGUGAUAGUCACUCAACCCAAUACAAAAUAUACUUUCAAAAUUACAGUUUCUCCCAAUAAACCCCCUGCUGUUUCACCAGGGGUUGUUUCCCCUACCUUUGAACUUACAAAUCUUCUGAACCAUCCUGAUCAUUAUGUAGAAACAGAAAAUAUUCAGCACCUCACGGACCCUACAUUAGCACAUGUGGAUAGAAUAAGUGAAGCACGAAAAUUGAGCAUGGGAUCUGAUGAUGCUGCCUACACACAAGCUCUAUUGGUACACCAGAAGGCCAGAAUGGAACGACUGCAAAGAGAACUUGAGAUUCAAAAGAAAAAGCUGGAUAAACUAAAAUCUGAGGUCAAUGAAAUGGAAAAUAAUCUAACUCGAAGGCGCCUGAAAAGAUCAAAUUCCAUAUCCCAAAUACCUUCACUUGAAGAAAUGCAGCAGUUGAGAAGUUGUAAUAGACAACUACAGAUUGACAUUGACUGCUUAACCAAAGAAAUUGAUCUUUUACAAGCCCGAGGACCACAUUUUAAUCCCAGCGCUAUUCAUAACUUUUAUGACAAUAUUGGAUUUGUAGGUCCUGUGCCACCAAAACCCAAAGAUCAAAGGUCCACUGUCAAAACACCAAAGACUCAAGACACAGAAGAUGAUGAGGGGGCUCAGUGGAAUUGCACUGCCUGUACUUUUUUGAACCAUCCAGCCUUAAUCCGCUGUGAACAAUGUGAAAUGCCGCGGCAUUUCUGAGCCAGAAACCCCUAUGUCUUCGCUUAAACCACAUCUAAAGUUCAAGAAAUCAAUCUGUCAUCGGGGAAAAGUUUCACUGCUACAUAGGAUUCUGUCAGAUUGAAGGUGUGACAAGAUGGUGUUGUGCUAAUGUUAAGUGUCAGCCCACAGAGCUAAUAAUACCUCAGUAUAAUGUCAUGGGCAGUUGAAAUUCAUCACAUGAAAGGUAAUCUGCUGAAAGACUUGGUUGCCUGCUGCCUAACCAUGUACAGUGUUACCAUUAUCCCGUUAUGGAUAAUUCUCACUAUGUUAAUGCUUAGGUGUUCCCAGUACUCUUUUCCCCUCCUGUCACUACUGAAUUUUGACAGGAGGAAAGAAUAGGACAGUAGCUUUUUUUUUUUUUUAAAGCUUUCAGUGAAACACUACAUACACAAAAAGAAGGAACAAGGUAUAACUAUUUAAAAACUGUUUGCCUCUACAAAGUGCCAAUGGAUAGGGGAAGAACUUCACAAAUCUGUGGUACUCUUGGCCUUGUCUUUGUCUUCCCUGAAAAUGUCUCUGUGAAGCCAGCAUCUAGGACCUGAAGAUAAAAGGCAAGCAGCAUACAUUGUUUAUACAAACAUACAGUGAAAUACCCCAAAGCUUUUCCUACUGUACAGAUCUCUCAAGUCUGCUUUAAGUGAUUUCUUUAUUAUUUUCUUGUAUUUCUGUAUGUAUAGUGUAAUAGCCUUUGUUAACUAAUUUUCUUUUUUCCUUUUAGUGAUUAAGCACGAUCAUGUCCCUUUUUAAGCCUUACCUGAAAGAAACAAUGCCAUAAAAGUAAAAAAGCAUUAAUGAAAUGAAACUAUGCACAGAAUAACUAUCCUCUACUUAUUCUGUACUUUGCCCUCAUGGGUGCCAGUGUUCUGUGAAGAUACACAAAUGCUGCACAGUGAAUUGCAGAAAAUAUUACAAGAAUUAUGUGGGUAGAUCAUACUAUAGACUGACUUGAGCAGUGGGUGGCACAACACAGUGUCUUGUCUUCCAUAGGGAAGCUCAGAAGAUACUUUAACCCACUGACAGAGCUUGCUUCAUCUGCUUGGUGUCCCACACAGUUUUCACAAGAGAUUAUUUUGAGGAAAGUACAGUUUCAAAACCAGCAACAUCGGCAGUACCGACAGCCCUUUUUUUGGAAAGAAGUUUAAAUGCUUUACUGUUGGGACAAUCUGUUUCUAAACCUGACUUGGUGGCAGUAUCGUGUAUUUAUAAAACAAAGCUAGUCAUAUUUAGGACAACUGAAGAAAAGCUGGAAAAAAAAAGAAAAACAAGCAAACUUGAACACUGAAGCAACCUCAAGCAUCUCUUUAUGUUGAUGAUAUAUUUUUAUAAAGAAAAUAAAUAUUCAGAUGAUCAGGAAUGUAUAUAACUAAAUGAAAUCAAGAAAAAAUAACAGUAUGCAUUUAAAAAGAAUUAUGAAAUUGUAUAGCAGUGCUUAGAAUGGGGCUAAGGGAAGUGCUGAAAUACAGCAGAAGGUAGGAAGUAAUGUAGACUGUCACCACUGUAAAUGUAUGCAAGUGGCUGUGUUUUAAAUAAACAGGAUUACUACAGGUGAUCUCUGAAUGUCAAAGCCUUGGCUUCCAGGCUUUGCAUUAUGUAUAUGAAAAGAAAUAUGACAAUCCUAGGUGAUUAGACAAACCCAAAGCCCUUAUAUUUGAUACAUUUUGUUUUAAAAAUAGACCUUGUUUUUCAGCUUCAUCUGCAGUUCUAUGUGAAGAUUGAUAAAUCAGUUUUUACUUGUUUUAUUAAUAAAAUGUAAUUUGGAUAUCUUGAGUUGAUGGUUUUGUGAUUUAGCUGGGUAAACUAUCUUUGUAACAGAUAAGUUAUUUAUAAAAAUUAAAAAACUUAUAUGCUAAUGUGAA